GAAAAGCCAGAAUACCAGAAAUGCCUCUUCCCCCGAAUCAGUUGCUUAUCCUCCAUCUUCUGCAUUUCCACACGUCGAACACAAGGGCAAUUUCUUCGAGGGAUCUCUCUUACCGUCUCUGUGUAUAGCAUGGACCAACAGCGGGGUAGCGAAGAUACCCGCCCUGUCUUUUUCUUUGAUAUUGACAACUGUGUAUGUGUGCACACAUUAAACCAGGAGCAAUGCUGGGCUACUUUUUGUUUGGCAUAGGCAAUUAUGAUGACAGCAAGUGAUUGUUCUAAGGCUGACUGGAGAGUUGAUUGGAAUAGCUAUAUUCCCGUGACAGUAAAAUCCAUGAUCUAAUGCAAGAGCUCAUCGAUCAAUUCUUUGCCAAACACCUAUCACUCAGUAUCGACGAUGCGGUUAUGCUUCAUAAUAAAUACUACAAGGAAUAUGGCCUUGCGAUAGAAGGGUUAACGCGGAAUCAUAAAAUUGACCCAUUGGAAUUUAAUAGCGGAGUGGAUGAUGCUCUCCCGCUUGAUUCUAUUUUGAAAUUUGACCCGGCGCUGCGUCGAUUUCUUGAAGAUUUUGACACCUCGAAGGUCAAAUUGUGGCUAUUUACCAACGCCUAUAUCAAUCAUGGCAGAAGGGUAGUUAAACUUUUAGGAGUGGAUGACCUUUUUGAGGGGAUCACAUAUUGUGAUUAUGCUCAACAACCACUCAUUUGCAAACCACAUGCAAAAAUGUUCGAGAAAGCGGAAAGGGAGGCGCAUGCGCCAGGUAUUGACCAGUGCUUCUUUGUUGAUGAUUCACAAUUGAAUUGUCGACAUGCCCAGGCUCGCGGCUGGAUUACCGUUCAUUUCGUGGAGCCAGGCCUCCCGGUCCCACCAAUACCGGCAUCGAAAUUCAUGAUCAGAAAUCUCGAAGAGUUACGGGAACUGUUUCCGCAAUUUUUCAAACCAAAGAUCGGUGAGAAUAUAAAGGCAUUAUAAGUCUUAUGUGCACUGGGCAGUUAAGUGUCAUAUCGAAGGGAUCGGCUCGUUAGACAUCAAUCAAGAGAACCACAUUAUUAUACACUUUUCCACACCAAUCUCAAUCCAGUACCAGUAUUCCAAAA